GCCAGCAGCAGCAGCAGCAGCAGCCUCUGGACGUCGCUGGAGCCCCCGCUCGGAUCAGCCCGUCUGUUAGCAAUGAAUGCCUCGUGCUGCCUGCCGUCUGUGCACCCAACGCUGCCCAACGGCUCCGAGCACCCCGCCAGCCCUGCCUUCGGCAACCAGAGCGGCAGCGGGUUCUGCGAGCAGGUCUUCAUCAAGCCCGAGGUCUUCCUGGCGCUGGGCAUCGUCAGCCUGCUGGAAAACAUCCUGGUCAUCCUGGCUGUGGUCAAGAACGGCAACCUGCACUCGCCCAUGUACUUCUUCCUCUGCAGCCUGGCGGCGGCGGACAUGCUGGUGAGCGUGUCCAACGCCCUGGAGACCGUCAUGAUCGCCGUCGUCAACAGCAACUCCCUGGCCCUCGGGGACCGGCUCAUCCAGCACAUGGACAACGUCUUCGACUCCCUGAUCUGCAUCUCGCUGGUAGCUUCCAUCUGCAACCUCCUGGCCAUCGCCGUGGACAGGUACGUCACCAUCUUCUACGCGCUCCGCUACCACAGCAUCAUGACCGCACGGAAGGCCCUCGCCUGGAUCGCGGCCAUCUGGGUGAGCUGCGGGGUCUGUGGCGUGGUGUUCAUCAUCUACUCCGAGAGCAAGAUGGUCAUCGUGUGCCUCAUCACCAUGUUCUUCGCCAUGCUGCUCCUCAUGGGCGCCCUCUACGUGCACAUGUUCCUCUUCGCCCGGCUGCACGUCCAGCGCAUCGCGGCACUGCCGCCCGCCGACGGGGCGGCCCCGCCACAGCACUCGUGCAUGAAGGGGGCUGUGACCAUCACCAUCCUGCUGGGGGUGUUCAUCUGCUGCUGGGCCCCCUUCUUCCUCCACCUCGUCCUCAUCAUCACCUGCCCCACCAACCCCUACUGCGUCUGUUACACCGCCCACUUCAACACCUACCUGGUCCUCAUCAUGUGCAACUCCAUCAUCGACCCGCUCAUCUACGCCUUCCGGAGCCUGGAGCUGCGUACCACCUUUAAGGAGAUUCUCUGCAGCUGCAAUGGCAUGAACCUGGGCUAGGGCGCCGGGACCCUGGACGCGCACAUGGGUUCGGUCACUGUUGGCCCUGCGCCCGGCCAAGGUGUUUAGAAGGAAAAAAAAAAAAAGAAGAAGAAAUACUCGGAAGACACAAAAUCUGCCAACAGCCACGAUCGCCCAUGCCUCUUUGCUUUUACCCCUGCAAAGCCUUUUGCAGACAGACGUGGUAUGUGACAGGCUUUCCGAAAGGAUUCUAAAGUGGGUAAGUCACUGAUUUCCCAAAGAGGCCCCAGCAGAACGCAGGGAGGGUGCUGCCCGUAUUCAUUUCCGAGCACCUGGGGUCCGGAAUGCCCACCUCCCUCACCAGCUUCCUCCCCAUGUCUCCCUGCCACCAGCCAGACCGGACAGAAGGACUCUCGUUGACUCUAAGAGGGGUUCCGAUGUCUCCCAAGCAAACCUGUCUCAGUUCUGGCUGUCAGCUGCUCGGAUGGCCUCGCCGGUAUUUCAUAAGAGACUGAGCAUUUGUUCUAUCACUGUUUCCAGUAAAAACAGUUUCCUAAAAACACUGAGCUCUGUGUCAAAGAAGCGAUGCUAUGUAUGCCCCUCUUCUUGACCCCCAGACCAGGCUCCCCAAGAAAACUAGCAAGGGGAUGUAACCCACUUCUAUUUUGGCUGCUGCUUUGUUGGGGGGUUCUUAUGCACUGAGUCGAAGGCAGCUUUCACAAUCCUAAGGAAAGACAGAUACAGUGCUUUUGCAAAAUCAACACAUACCUAUGUACAAAGUAUUUUGAUACCUUGCUAUUAAGGUAUAAUUUUCCCUAUUUAAAAAAAAUCUUCAUUUCCUAUUACUCCUUUUCCAUCAUUAAAGCAAGAGAGGGAAUCACGGAUUGGGGGCAUGGGCAUGCAUCUCAAGAAAUUGCUUCACGGUAGCUUUGGAGUGUUUCAGAAACCGUGGAAAUGCACGGGGCUUUCUUGGAAUCUCUGCUUUGGCUCGUAGCAGCUGUGUCUCUAUCACACGGCUUCCUGCAUGCUACCCUAUGAAAGGGAAACUUCUUGGUUCACUGCUCCUUUUGUCCAACACGCUGUAAAAGCGGGGGCGACCCCGAUGUCCGUGCCUGUACCUUACCAGCGCAGCAAUUCAAUCCUGUGAGCACUGGGCGAGCUUUGCUGACCGGUACUGUCUCUACGUGCCAUACAUCACUGCGUGCUGGCCACACCGGUCAGACCCUUUCCCGCCCUAGACGGCUUCAGGUUGUAAUUUCUGGCUGUCCUCACACUGCCCCCACCAAUGGAUUCCUAUAAUAUGCCGUGUCUUUGGUGCACAAUCGUGUAUUUUUCUCAUGCUGGAAUAUACUGUGGGUUUUUGGUUUUUGUUUUUGUGUUUUGUACUUGAAGACAUCCUGCUAAUAUAAGCAACAUCGUGGGGCUCUCGCUUUGAUUGUGAUGUUUGGAAACAAUAAAAGGCUUCUGUGGCUGCUAAA